AUGCGCAGCAGUAACAGCAGCAGCAGUACCUGCCGCAGCAACAGCAGCAGCUGCUGCGGCACCCACAAAUGCGCAGCAGUAACAGCAGCAGCAGCCGCUGCUGCUGCAGCCACGGCUGCAGCAACAACGCAAACAGUGGCUUCUGCAAUAACGGCUGCGCCAGUGGCACCACAAGCUGCUGCAGCAAAGCUGCUGCAGCAACAGCAGAAGCAGGAGCAGCAGCCGCAGGAAUAG